GGGUCAUAGGUUAAGGAUGAAGGAGGGGGUAAGGAGGAGAGGGAUUUUUAACACUUGCUGUGUGCCAGGUACUUUCCUAUGCCCUUUGCAUCCAUGAGGAAGCUCCUUUUUUUUUUUUAAUUUUACAGACUUGGAAGCAGGCUUAGAGGGGUUGAGUAGGUUAUUCAAGUGACUAUCUACAGUCCUCAUUUAUUGAGUGUAUACUAAGUGCCUGGGUCUGUAAUAGGGAGGCUUGGUGGCGCAGUGGUUAAAGAGCUUGGCUGCUAACCAGGUCGGUGGUUUCAACCCUCAGCUGUUCCAUGGGAGAAAAAUGUGUCAAUCUGCUUCCAUAAAGAUUUACAGCCUUGGAAACCCUAUGGGGUAGCUCUGCUGUGCCCGAUAAAGUCACUGUGAGUUGGGAUCAACUCGAUGACAGUGGAUUUGGUUUGGUGGGGUCUAUUUUUAUAGUAGUAGGUCUUUUAUGUACAUUAUCUUAUGUAAUCCCAACAGCAAGGCUGCAAGGUAGUAUUAUUAUGCCCAUCAUACUGAAGGGGGUAAUAACUGAGGCCAGGGACAGGUUACCCAGUGAGCAAGGUAAACACGUGUUUAGGGCAUCAACAAAACAGGGGCACCAGUUGUCCAAAGCAAAGACCCAUAGAUGCCAAGCAGACAGGACACAAGGAAAAGUGAACACUGCAGUGGAAGAGAACUGACAGGGCACUAAAUGAAAUUGAUACCAGCUCCAGUGCUUCAUGGGAAUGUGCCAGCCAGAAUUAAAAUUCACACAGGGUCACAAGAGCACCAGUGUGCGAGGUUGUUUAAACUAUGAGGCCCCUACCACUUCAGCGCCUUUGUUGAUCUCUGUCUCCUAUGGUUCCCUCUCUUGUAAUUGAAACUCCUUAUCUUGGUGGGUGUCUUGGGAGUGUACUGUUUUUUUCUAAUAAAAGAUGGGGGUAGGCCAUUGAGUCUUAACUCUUGCUACAUCUACCCAAUAUGCAACUGGAUCCAACAUGAGCGGUUACUGGACAAGGGCAGAUUAUAUGACUAGAUAACAGUUCUCUGAUCAAUUUUGAGAGAACCACCUGAUUGAUCCACAUCUGCUGAUCCAGUGUCCCUAACCAGGAGGGCCAGCAAUGCUGUUUGCCACAUACAAACACAAGGGUAUGCCCUUGUGCAUGUCCUGGUAAACAACCAAUGGGAACUCCAGUCCCAGCUGAUGCACAGAAGUGAGGGAACUCAAAGAAGCCCACCAUUGCAAUGAAUUCAAUCAAGUUAACUUUUUAACUGUAUUGCAUUUACAUACAGAGUUAUGUAUUAAAUUUUGUAAACAAUAAUAUUUAUAACUUUAACUUUAAAAAUAUAUUUGGCAUACACGUGGACGCAAUCUAGCAUACAUUUAAUAUAAUACUAACAUGGGUAAUAAUUUAAUAGUAACAUAGCAAAUGUCCAAAAAAUACUGGAAGUGUUAAUAUUUAUCUAACACGAAAAUUUUAAUUUAUAUAUCAAGUGAGUUUCGUUUCUGGUCUGUUGUGUGGGACACAAUGCUUAUUGUUACUCUGUAUACGUGAAAUCACUGAAGAAUUUGUAAGAGGGAAGAAUAGAAAGAAAUGUUUUUAAUUAUAUUAGAAAUGAAAGAGGUGAAAGACCUAUCUAAAAACAAAAUAGUAAUUUGUUAUAAUAUUUGUUUUCUGAUCAUUAAAUUUCCUUUUAUAACAUUUUUUUCAUUUGUUCAUUUAUAACUGUAGCAUUUAUUACAAACAAGCAUCAAAAUAGAAGUACGAGCCGUUUAAAGCAAAACUGGUAUAAAGUCAGCUUUUCAGUGUGGGAGAUCAACAGAGUCUUACAUUGAUUGUUGAAACAACUAGGUUCACUGAGUCGUUUUCUUUGUUGUAGAGUAUGUGGAAUAUUCUUUUUGUAGAAACUAGUAUACAGUAAACAUCCUAGUACCCUGCAUCUACUAAAAAUUUUAUAAUCCAGUUCAUCUCAGUCCACUAAAAUGACAUACGCCACUUUUGAGUUCAAUCACUAAUAUUAUAGUUGCAUUUGAAAAGAAGUUACACCAUGGAUAACUAAGACACACACACACAUGUGUGUGUAUAUGUAUAUGUACAUAUAACUCACGUAUCCUGUUUGAAUGCGUGGGUAAACAGAGGAGGGGGCACCACAGAUUAUCGGUGUCUAGGGCCCUCACGUGCCUUAAUCCGACUCUGAUUGAGGCUUAGGAAGGUAAAUAUCAUGCCCCAGACACCACAGACCUUGUAAGGACAGCAGCUAAGGUUUAAACCCCAGUCUACCUGGUUCUAGCUGCUGACUGGCACCUGGCAUGUAGUCAGCAUUUAGUGACAACAUGAAAGUGUCAACCACACCCUGACACAUCUGAGGAGAACAGUUAAGAAAAAUUAUCGAUCUGUAGGGCUACAGGAAAUUUUUGAACUUAUCUGUACCAUUAUGUAUCUGUGCUGUUCCCUGUUUUCUGCUCUGGGAUAACUGAGAGGCUCUUGUUUGGAGUAAUUUGGGGCCCUUUGAAACUCCUUCCCUUCGUGGCGCUCUGUCCCAGUUCUCUUGCUCCAUUCAUCCAAGUUCGUCAUGCCUCCCUUCUUCCUCCCUUCUUCCCGGUCACGUUCGUUUCUGCUGAGUCACCCACCCGCUGUGCCUGAGUGGCAGUUUUUAUUGGAGGACUUCGUGUGGGGAGGUUGGGUUGUUGACGUCCAUCCCUGUGGCCCUGGCCACGCUCCCCGUCGGUGGCCUCAGGCCAGUUCUUGGGAACUGCGUGCGUCAUUGCUGCUGUCCAAGGCUCAGCUGGAAGCUCAGAAAGCCACGCAGGACUUCCAGAGGGCCACUGAGGUGCUCCGUGCUGCCAAGGAGACCAUCUCCCUGGCCGAGCAGCGGCUGCUGGAGGAUGACAAGCGGCAGUUCGACUCAGCCUGGCAGGAGAUGCUGAAUCAUGCCACUCAGAGGGUCAUGGAGGCGGAGCAGACCAAGACCAGAAGUGAGCUGGUGCACAAGGAGACAGCGGCCAGGUACAAUGCCGCCAUGGGCCGCAUGCGGCAGCUGGAGAAGAAGCUCAAGAGAGCCAUCAACAAGUCCAAGCCGUAUUUUGAACUCAAGGCAAAGUACUACGUGCAACUUGAGCAACUGAAGAAGACUGUGGACGACCUGCAGGCCAAACUGGCCCUGGCAAAGGGCGAGUACAAGACGGCCCUGAAGAACCUGGAGAUGAUCUCAGAUGAGAUCCAUGAGCGGCGGCGCUCCAGUGCCAUGGGGCCCCGGGGCUGCGGUGUCGGGGCGGAGGGCAGCAGCACAUCCGCGGAGGACCUGUCAGGGAGCAAACCUGAGCCAGAUGCCGUUUCUGUGGCCUCAGAGGCCUUUGAAGAUGACACCUGCAGCAACUUUGUGUCUGAAGAUGACUCGGAAACCCAGUCUGUGUCCAGCUUUAGUUCAGGACCAACAAGCCCAUGUGAGAUGCCUGACCAGUUCCCUGCGGUUGCGAGGCCUGGCAGCCUGGACCUGCCCAGCCCCAUGUCCCUAUCAGAGUUUGGGAUAACAUUCCCAGUGCUGGGCCCUCGCAGUGAAUGCAGUGGGGCCUCCUCCCCUGAAUGCGAGGUAGAACGAGGAGACAGGGCAGAAGGGGCAGAGAAUAAAACAAGCGACAAAGCCAACAACCGGGGUCUUGGCAGCAGCAGCAGUGGUGGCGGCGGCGGCAAGAGCCAAAGCAUCGCUGCUACCGAGGGCCAGGCCUUGGAGAAGCGGAUGAAGCAGCUCUCCCUCCAGCGCUCCAAAGGGAGAGACGGAAUCUUUGCCAACAUAAAAAUGGUGCAGAUCGGCUGAUCCACCCAGGGCCCGGGCCACAUGCUAUCAAUAUUUAUACAUCAAACUGUGUGGAGGACAUUGUGCCAAUAAUCAUUUAAUAUAUGCCAAAUCUUACGCGUUUACUCUCAACUGCACUAAUGAAGUUUCGGUGACCCUGAGGUCUGAAGAUUCUUCCUAAAAGCUCUUGGGCUGGUUUUUCAGAGUGGAGGAGCUGUUACAGGUGGAUUUGUGACCGGGCUCACCGCCUUUGUGGAACGUUCCCUGUAACGACAUGGUGGAAGCACUGACUUGUUCUUACGAAAGAACCUGAGCCAGGAAGGGGGCUGGGAGGCUAAGCCAAACGGGUCGACAGCUUGCUUCUCAUUGCCUUCUCUCACCCUCAGUUCGUUUGGGAAGCUGGGGAGGUGCCCUCCUUUAUGUCCCAGGAGAGCGACAUGAAAUCUUUAAAACUCAAGUACUCAAAGCACACCUUCUCUACCCUUUGAAGGCUAAAAAAACAAAAAAAAUCUAAGAAUUGGAUAUUUAGGCCAAGAACACAAUUUUCAUCACCUCUGGUGUGGCGGGGGUGCUUUUUGAAAAGCGUAUGUGCUGGGACACCCACCUAGACGCUUUUACAAACAUUUUCUAGAAGGGUUACCAUGAGCUGCACUUUUUAGGAGGGGAAAGGUGAACACCAGUGUGGGGUAGGGGGUGAGGGUGGCAGGGACAUAGCGUAGAAGUGGGCCUGUGGCUGUGGGGGAGAGGUUCCACAGCAUCAACCUUACCCGACCAGCCAGGGAACUCGUUCUCAGAGAAGUGCAUGAGAAGAACGGUUGCCACUGUUAUAUCUAGACUGCCAAGGUGUUAAUUUCUCUGUAGGUUGUAACUUUAAAAAUAAAUUAUUUAAGGGUUAUGCUGCGCUAGUAUUCCUUAGAGGAAACUGUUCCUUAAAAGCUAGGAAAGGCAGUAGGCAUGUGCCGGCAAAGGCUGUUAAACAGAAGCAAUGGAGUCUGUUAUGCUAAUAGUAGUAAGCGUUAGGGCAGCUUUUCUUUCAUGUUUUCAUGGUUACACAUAUUUAGAGCACUGUAUUUUAUUUGUCCUUUUUGUUAAGAAAAUCUAGCAUUUCUAAAAGAAAAAAAGAGCCACCUCCCCAUUUCAAGUUGUCUGUUAAUUUUCACAGCUUGUAUAUUUUUGUCAUUUGUAAAUCUCUUCAUACUGUAGUGAUUUGUCCUUUUUUAUUGACUGACACAGUAUCCUGAUUACCAGGUUAUUUUGUACUUGAUACCUUGAGUGUAAUAAAAACAGCUUGAGAAAAUGUCUUCCUGUGACUUCAAAUGAGAAAUCCCGAAGUUGCAUGAACCUUCUAUUCUAGGCGACCGUCUUACCGUAAGAAAAAGCAUGGAAUUCAUGGUGAUUUGUUUCAGUUAAGGUCCUGGAUCCUAAGAAUUUAAGCCCCUGUUACCAAGGUUUGAAUUAGCAUUCUGCCUUUGCUGCUACUGAAGCCGAACAGCGAGGAACCACGGUGGCAGGGAAGCAGAGGUAAGGCAGUUACGGGAGGAGAGGCUGCGCGUUGCCAUCUCCCGGGGAGCUUCAGGAGCUUCAGAAACUCUGCUGUCUGGGUCUGACCCCAGAGACUGCCUUCACUGACCUGGGGUACACUUGGGCACGGGACCGCUAAGGCUCCCCGGGUGAUUCUAAUGUGCUGCUGUGGGUCCUUUUCUAGGGAAAAUGAUCUGAGUGCUCGAGUUUUCAUCUGGGCACAUCAGAUUCAAGCGUGCUGUGGGAAAAAAGUGAACGGCUAGCCAACAAUUAUGGUUAAAAAAAGACAUUGAUCCAGAAAACAGAACCAUUUACGGUAUCAAAUAUAGGUGUUUUACCUUCAGUUAACAGUUCAUCUAGAAAAGUUCACAAAGAAGCCCCUUUUGGUAUAGUUAAGUAUAAGAGAGGGACUGCACAGUGUACUAGGAUUCCAGUGACCCUAUUUUCAGUCCAUUCAGUUCUGAAAAUCUCCUUGCAUGGUGACUUCUACUCUGAAGACACACUUUCUUGAAUUACCGUUAGCAAAACCUAUUCCCUGCAAUUGAAGCAUCACUCAUUUUUUCCACUCGAGGAAAAACGUCUAUAAAAACAGCCAAACUUGGCAUGGUUUAAAGUUGCUAUGGUGUUUCUCAAACUGUAUGAUCUCUAGGCCUGUUUCUAAAGUUGUAGGUCAGAAAUUACUGUACCUGUAUUUUUUUCAGCUGUUUUGAAGGUAAAAAGGAGAAAUAUACAUGUUGGGCACACAGUAAUCAAUCAGUAACACAGGGUCGCUAUGAGUCCAAAAUGACUCGACGGCAUCUAACAGACAGCCGCUAAUGACCAUAAACAUCGUAUCUGCCGCCUGAAUGUCCUCUGGUGAAGUGUCUGUUCACAUCCUUGGCCCAUUUUGUGACUGGCUGUUUGUCUUUUAUUGUUGAGGUGAAGUUUUCUAUAUAUUGUAGAGAUUAAAGUUUUAUCAGAUACUUUGGUGUCAAAAGAUUUUUUCCAAGUCUGCAGGUUCUCUUUUUACUCUCUUGGAAGUCUUUUGAUGAGGAUAAGUAUUUUUUAGGAGGUCCCAGCUGUCUGGUUUAUCUUCUGGAAUUUGUGCUGCUUUAGUUAUGCUUGAUAUUCUGUUUAUGCCAUAAACAGGGGCCCCCAGCAUUGCCCCUGUGUUUUCUUUCACGGUCUUUAUCGUUUUAGGUUUUACAUUUAAGUCUUUGAUCCAUUUUGAGUUAGUUUUUGUGUAUGGUGUGAGGUACGGAUCUGUUUCAUUUUUCUGCAAAUGGAUAUUAAGUUUUGCCAGCACCAUUUUUUGAAAAGACCCUCUCUUCCCCAAUUAAUGGACUUUAACCCUUUGUUGAAGAUCAGCUCUCCAUAGGUGGAUGGAUUUACUUCUGGGUUCUCAGUUCUGCACCAUUGGUCUAUGUUGUUGUACCAGUACCAGGCUAUAUUGACUACUGUGGCUGUAGAGUAGGUUCUGAGAUUGGGUACGGUGAGUUCUCCUACUUUGUUCUUCUUCAAUAAUGCUUUACGUAUCUGCUGGUUCUUUCCUUUCCAUAAAGUUAGUUUUUCCAUAAAGAAUGUUGUUAGAAUCAGGAUUGCAUUGUAUCUAUAGCUUGCUUGGGGUAGUAUUGACAUUUUCGUAAAUUUAAGUUUUCCUAUACAUGAGCAUGGUAUGUUUUUCCAUUUAUGAAGGUCACUUUGGUUUCCUGCAGUAGUGUUUUAUAGUUUUCUUCAUAUAAGUCUUUUAUGGUUUCCAAGGAGCCUGGUUGAUUUUAACUGCCAAACUUUUGGUUAGCAACCAAGUUCUUAACCACUGCACCACCAGGGCUCCUUUAUGCUCCUAGUUAGAGUUAUUCCUAUUUUAUCUUUUUGGGGGGUGAUUAUAAAUGGCAUUGUUUUCCUGA